AACUGCACAGAUUCUGCUUGGAGUCCCACCAUUGCAAUCCCAGCUGAUCUGAAGGAGGAGGAGUCUGUCACUGUCACCUGCUCAGCUUACACUCCCUGCCCUCAAUCUCCUCCUGAACUCACCUGGAAUCUUCAAACAGACUCUCAAAGACAAACUGAGGAAAACUCAAAUUUAACAUUUACAAGUAAAAUCCAGAAGAACAUCACUCUGUCAGACGCUCAUGAUGGAUUCACCAUCAAAUGUUCUGUCAGUUAUCCUGUGGACAAAGGAAACAGUGUAAAGACAGCAGUGAAGCAACAUACUCUCAAUGUUUUAUAUGCUCCUAAGGACACCUCGGUAUCGAUCAGUCCGUUGGGUUUGGUCCCAGUAGGUAGCUGGGUGAAUCUGACCUGCUCCAGCAGAGCCAAUCCUCCUCACAUCAGCUUCAGCUGGUUCAAGAUCAGCAAAGAGGGAGACAUCAAAGUAGCCGAUGGAGACUUUUACACUUUCAACGUGACCAAAGAGACACAGCCGACAAGCUUUUAUUGUGUGGCCUCAAAUGCUCUUGGUAAUCAGACAUCAAGGUGGAAUCUUACAGAACCUGCAGAUUUUGGGGUUGUAGUCAUCACUAUAGGGAUUUUCUUGGGAGCUGCUGUUCUCUGCCUUCCCAUCAUCAUUUACUGCUGGCACAGAUCAAAAUGUUCAGAUAAAUUCCAAAGGGACACGGAGGAACCAGACUAUGUGAACAUACCGAAGUUGAAACCAAAAAAGGAGAAAAUAUAAUGGAAUCUAAUAUUUAAGUGUUUUUUGUCUUUAAACUACUUAGAUCAGGACUGCAGAGGGGUGUAGUGGUUAGCAUUCCCGGUGUAUGGCAACUGGUUCAAAUCCCAGCUGGGUUCUUUCUGUGGAGUCUGCAUGUUAUCCUCGCGUAUACAGGAGUUUGAACUUGGACUUGGGGAGUUUGCUCCUCCUCCUCCGCCAUGUGGACGCCAUUCCUCCUCUAUGUCCCUCUUGUGUUUUCUCUUUCCCUUGUCCCAUCAAACUCAAUCCCUUCACCAAACUAAAUUAUUUUAGGAAAUUGUUUCUGUUUAAUCCCUGAUUUCUGAAGCAGAUCUAUUCUGAAAGAUGGAAGACUUUUAUCAAAAAGUACAUUUGGACCAGCUUUAAUGAUUAAGUUAUGAGGCUCACUUUCCCUCCUAUAGGUGGAGAUUGUUGUCAUAAUAGAACAGUAAAUACAGUUUUAUGUGAGAGCUUUUAAAGUUAUGCAGAAUUUGUUCAAACAUUUUUAGAAAUGUGUUAUUUUUUUCUGUAUUUACAAAAAUAACCUGAAUAUUGAUAUCAUUUUUCA